CGGAGUUUCCACGACAGCUGGAAGCCGAGCGGCACAGGCGCAUCGCUUCUUUUGCUAAAUUUGUUGGAAAUAACAAGACUUCUGCUCGUCUCAGCACCUCCAGAGAAACCCAGGUCUGGCAUGGGCGACAAGAGGAGUCCCACAAGGCCGAAGCGUCAACCGAAGCCCUCCUCCGACGAGGGGUUUUGGGACUGCAGCGUGUGCACGUACAAGAACACGGCCGAGGCUUUUAAGUGCAUGAUGUGUGAUGUGAGGAAGGGGACAUCAACAAGGAAGCCUCGUCCCGUCUCCCAGCUCGUCUCGCAGCAGCAGGUAACGCAGCAGUUUGUGUUACCCUCGCAGCCGAAAAAGGAAAAGAAGGAGAGGGUAGAGAGGGAGAAGAGUGACAGAGAGCCGGCGUUCAAGAAGAAUAGUCACAAGAAGAUGAGGCCGAGAUUAAAAAACAUCGACCGGAGCAGCGCCCAGCACUUGGAGGUGACAGUUGGGGACCUGACGGUCAUCAUAACGGACUUUAAGGAGAAGGCCAAGCCCUCGUCCACCUCAGCCACGUCCUCCAGUGCCGCAUCGUCAGUGGUCGACCUCCACAGUCAGAAUGGCUCCAGCUCAGAAAACACAGAGAAGGGGCUUUCCCGCUCCUCCUCACCCCGGGGAGAGGGGAGCUCAGUCAAUGGAGAGUCCCACUGAGUCACCCCCUCAAAUCCCCAUCCACCUCCAGCCACAUCUCACCUGCAAGUCCACAGGUCACUGGAGGGGAAUCCUACGUUUACUUUAGAACUGCACAAAAAAAAAAAACGGUUUUUCCUUCCUUACUUUUUUUCUGGAAUUGUGACCUAUUUCUCAGAGAACCAAUCAUAUUUGGCAAGUUUAAUCAUUUGAAAAGAUUCUCCACAGCACUGGAAUUGUGACUUUAGAAAGCAAUAUGAAAUACCGUUUUUCUCCAUCUUGGAAGUUGCAGUAGUCUAAAUUACAAAUAAAUGUUUGGGCAGUGUGCUGGACCCUUUCAGUUUUUUAUCCUCUAUGGUUUCCUUCAGAUGCACCUGCCUAUCAAGAUUUUUCUGUUUUCCAAUAUUUUAUUAAAUGAAGUGUGCAGCCCCCUAGGUAUCAUCUUCAGUGGCCAGCAGAGUGACCUAUUCUUCCCCCAUGUGGAAUUCUCAGCCAAUGUCGGGAUUCUUAACCUACCUGUUAUAAACCUGAACCAUCUAAUAUACAGUAUCUCAGUGUCCUUACGCUGAAACGUCAGUCAAACAGUGAACCUUUGCUCCUGAUCUUGAUACUCCAAGCUUUUACUUCUGGACUGCCUCUGCUGAAGAGUGACUUUUUUGACACAGCAUUGUGGCUAUACUUCUGGCACCAUUUGCUGAUUUCCAUAAUGUUUGGAGCAGGUUGUUUAGUUCAGGUAUGCUUAUUAUAUCCAUAUAAUGGCACCUGACAGGAAGGUACAGCAUAUGAUAUUAAAGGUUAA